GUAGCUGUUUUAUUAUAUGUCAGUGAUACAAUUACACAUUUUAAAAUAGCCUUCACCUUUGUUUUUCGUUUGCAUGUUCUUUUCAGCAGAUUUUCUGUAAGCAUAGUCUAUGUAAAAUCGCUUCUGAAUUGACACACACCAAUCAAUGGCAUGCGUGUUUCCAUAGCGACGGUGGUUGAGCCAAGCUUCAGCAGAUAUUUCUGUAAAGAAGAGUGAAUCCACAUCAGGGCCAUGUCUCAAUUGUCAGCUGAGGAUGAGGCUGAACUUCAGUCUCUGUUGAGGCAACUGCUAAAAAGCAUCAAGGACAGAAUCUUAGGUGCUCCAUCCAUAGAAUAUGCAGAGGAAAUCCUACUUCAUUUGGAAGAGACGGACAAGAACUUUCACAAUUAUGAAUUUGUCAAAUACCUGCGUCAGUAUGUGGAAAACUCUCUGGGAGCAGUCAUUGAGGAAGCGACUGAGAGCUGUGCCAGGGGAGGACAUGCUGUUGCGUCUGGCCAAGACACCUUAGUUCAUGCUGUUGCAGGGAAGACAAGAGAAUCUGUGGAAUACAAGCAAAUGAUGCAGACACUGAAGAACACAAUGAUGGUCAUUGUUGAAUCACUAAUAAAUAAAUUUGAAGAGGACCAACUUAGAAAAGAGGAGAUUCACAGGGAGAGCCAACAUCAGCAGUUAAAUAGCCAUUGCAAUGACAACUGCUCUGACAGUGAUUCAUCUUUCAAUCAGAGUUACACUUUUAUCAAACAAGAACAACUGCAAGUUCUUGCUGAAAAGCUUGACCCUAGUAGACCUAAAGAGGUGCGCCGGGAGGCCCUGCAGGCACUGUGUGGUGCCCCUCCCUCGGAUGUGCUGAGCUCUGAAAGCUGGAGUGACUUGUGCAGGAACCUCUUAGCUGCCUUGGCUGACCCAAACCCUGAACUCAGUGAUAAGGUCUUGCAGUUUUUUGCAAAAACAUUCUCUUCUUCUCCGCUGAAUUUAACGAGAGAGAUCUACACAAGUUUAGCAAGAAGUCUGGAGUCUGAAUUCCUGUACCAUAAACUGAGCCUCACAGUUGGAAUUGAUGUUACCAGUCAGGACAUUGCUCGUCUUCUAAAACAAAUGCGACUGAUGAACGAUUUUCAAAAGGAAGUAACCACCUUUUGGAUACGCCACCCAGAGAAGUACAUGGAAGAGAUAGUAGAGAGUACUUUUUCUCUUCUGUCCUUAAAUUCUGAACAUGGGUCUGGGAGCCCAGGACCAGAGAAAGCCUUGGAGCCCAUGCACCUUGUUGCCCUUUUGGAUAUCAAAGCCACCUGGUUUGAGAAAUGGAUGCAUGCUUACUACAGCAGGACUGUUGUCUUUAGACUUCUGCAGAGGAAGUACAAGUAUUUGAUUGUAGCAGCCCUUCAGCAGUGUAUUUGUUUUUAUGAGUCCUGUGACCCUGUCUGGGAUGAGAUGAGUGAAGUCAUCGAUUCUAUGGAGCACCAGCACAUCAGCAUUGCUCAAAGGACUCUCUACAGUGCCAAGGAGCUGGAUUAUGCUUACUUUGUUCACUCAUUAUCUGUGCUUGGAAGGCUUCUAAUGUACACAAAUGGGAGAAAGCUUUUUCCCAUUAAAGUACAAAAACGCAAAGAUCCAGUCAGUCUUACAGACCUGAUUGUCAUUCUGAUUAGAAUCACAUACCAACAUACCAAGCCUUCUUACAGUGACUCAUCACAAGCAGACUCUCUGUCUCCCACCAGUCUGGUCAUGGAGGUGCUGAGAAACCUGGGUGAUUGCACUGAGUGUGCAGUAGAGUGCCUUUACCAAACCCCUGUCAUAGAGACAUUGCUGGCACCUAUAAUCACUCUACUUGAAGGAAAACAGGCCAAAUUAAGCUCUCCAGAAACUACACUGACUCAUAUAGCCGAUACGCUUGCAAGAAUUGCCACCACUGAGCGAGGAUUAUCACUUUUUUUGUAUGAAAGAAAUCUUGUUUUGGCGGAUGGAGAAGGUAUUUCAGCUGCACAUGUGAUCGUCCAGUUCACCCUAAGGCUCCUGGCUAAAGAGCUACCAUUUAUACAGGAGGCAGCGACAAGCUCUGGCGUGAGGGGGGCCUUCAUCUUUGUGUGUCGACAGAUGUACAAUACAUGUGAAGGACUUCAGGUGCUCAGUCCCUAUAGCCUGCAUGAGGUCAUCGCUGCCGCUUGGAAAAAGACAAGCUCCCUGUCAGAAAGAGUUCCCACACCAGUUCCUGGAGCCAUCACCGACACAUCCUCUCAGGAACUGAAGAAUAUUCACAGAGUUGUUUGGGAAGAGGCUUUGCUGGACAACUUGCUGAACUUUGCUGCUUCUCCAAAAGGCCUGCUUCUCUUCCAGCAGACUGGAGCCAUCCAUGAGUGUGUCAAUUACAUGUUCUCCAGGUUCACCAAGAAACUGCAGGUCAGCCGAUGUGAGAAGUUUGGCUACGGCGUGAUGGUGACACAGUUAGCAGCAACAGCCCCUGGUGUGGUGGCUCUACGCAGCUCAGGUUUUGUGCAGGCCAUAGUGGUGGAGCUGUGGUCAGCCUUGGAAUGUGGCAGAGAGGACGUGAGGGUUGUUCACCCCAAGUCUACUCCCAUGGACCCCAUUGACAGGAGCUGUCUGAAGUCAUUUCUGUCCUUGGUCAACUUGCUGUCCUCACCAUAUGCUGUGUGGGAGCUACUAGGACAGCAACCUCUUCCCAACAAGGCUGAGUACAACCUGAGAGAGAUUCCCGCCUCCAUCACAGAUUUGAUUGAUAGGUUGAUUGCUGUGAAUUCAGAUGUGAAAAUGCAUUCACUAUUCAACUACGAGCAAUCUCACACGUUUGGCCUGAGAUUACUGUGUGUAAUGUGCUGCAACCUAGAUUCGCUACUACUUCUGGAGUCCCAGUACAAAGUUUCUGACAUGUUGCUGCAAUCUCAGAAGGACAACAACUUAGAUCCAUCGUCUGGUAAAGGAGACUUCAUAAUUGAUGGUCUAUCUGUAGAGAGGAACCAUAUCCUGGUGCGUAUGAGUGUGAUUGGAGGGCCGUCAGAGAGGAGACUGCCCCCUAGGGCCCUUCAGAAGGGCCCUGACCCUUAUCCAUGGCCAAUGUUUUCAUCAUACCCUCUGCCUGAGUGUUACAUUCUAGAUCUCCCCAAGACAAUCCAGGGUGAACAGGACACUGAGAUAACUGCCUUCCUGGCAUCCUCCAAGGACUUAGAGAAGGAUGGGAGCUGGAUGGAUACCUGCAGGAAACAGUACUGCAAAGCAAUGACCACUAAGUCCAACAUUGUCUCAGGAAAUGUUCUGGCUGAUCUACUGGAGCAGGCUGUGUUCUACCUUUCCGCUUCGCCAUCAAAGCGUUUCUUCCCAUCUGCAGACUAUAAAGCAUUGGAGAGUGGAUUAAAGACAUGCACCCUGUCGCCUGUGGCCCAGCUGGGGAUUCAGGCCUCUGUCAGGUAUGGGAGAUAUCUGAAGUUACUGAGGGAAGAUUCUGAGCAGGACCUCUGUCUUUUGAUGAAACAUUGCCAAGCGCUCCUCUCACAACAGAAAGCCAGACUCAAGUCAACCCUAUAUACUUUGCAGGGAGACUACCCCGGCCAUGACUGGUUCCUCUCCACUGUGUUCCUUAUCGUGGCUGGAGACGUGGAGAGAGCCCUCCGCAUCCUCCUCCACCUCUCCACUCUGCUCACAUCGGCCUUCCUUUGGCCUGCCAGACUCCACAAAUCGGUUCACCUCCCUGUUGAGAUUGCUCAGUCUGGCAUCUAUCCAGUGUACUCAUGUACAACACACUAUGUAGAGAUGCUGCUGAAGAAAGAGGUGCCUCUGGUCUUCUCUGCCUUCAAGAUGUCUGGUUUUACCCCCUCCCAGAUGUGUUUGCAGUGGUUGGGUCAGUGUUUCUGGAACUACCUGGACUGGCCUGAGAUCUGCCACUAUGUGUCCACCUGUGUGGUGAUGGGGCCGGACUACCAGGUGUACAUGUGUGUGGCCGUGCUGAAACACCUGCAGCAGGAGAUCCUGCAGCAUACGCAGAACCAGGACCUGCAGGUCUUCCUCAAGGAGGAGCCAAUCCCAGGUUUCAAAGUGAGUAAUUACCUGGAAUACAUGGAGGGCCUUGAGCGGAGCUACAGAACAAUGGUGCUGACAGACAUGAAGAAUAUCUCCCAGAGAAUCCACUAGCAGUGCUGAGACACCAUAGACUUCACUCACCAGGCUGCGUCCACUGGGACAAGGACAGGUAUUAGGAAGCUAAAUGCUUCCCAUGAAGGGAUUAGCCUGUGUGUGCUUUGGGAGUCCCAAAUGUCAUGUUGUAUGGAUUGUGAAUUCUCUCUGUAAAAGAAAACCGACAUCAAAACGUGUAAUAUUAUGUAAUUGAUAGUAAUAAACAUUUGUUCCGUG